AUGUCUUCCAUGGGUCUUGACUCUAGCAAGGGGAGUGACUCUAGCAAGGGGAGUGCCUCUACUUCCCAGCAGCAGGCUCAAAUUCCAAACCUAAACCCUUCGGCCAGAUCCUUCACUCCCACGGGCUCGACUCCUUCCUCUGCGACUCUUUCUGAUCCUGCUUACCAUCAAAGCAAGGCUGUCGAGGCCGCGAAUACGGUCGCCCAAGGUUACGACCUUGACUGCGGGCCCAUGUCUGAGAGAGUUGGCCAGAAAAUCUAUACCAAAUACACCAGUCAGAACGAACGCACUCCUUCUAACUCCUCCUGCCUAUCCAAACCCGUCAACUUGACCGAUAUAUCGGCCGGUAUCUCGGCCAGUCUCGAUGCACCCAAGACCCCGCCGAAUCGUCAAACCAAGCCUUACAGAGCAAGUCCGACGCCCAUUGCAUACACCUUCGACGAUGAUGACGAGUUUUAUCCUGGUACCGACCCGCAGCUCAAGAAAACCGCUCCUCGUGCGAAGUGUUAG